AUGUUCAGCUUUUCGCCAAUCAAACAGAAAUAAUACCUCAGUGCCUCAAACCAAUUUGAACAACCUUUGGAUGACAUGAGUUGCAUAAUCGAAAACGGCAGCGUUGGAUCCCUUUAUUUAGGGAACAUCGAGUCAGCUUCCAGUCUAGAAAACUUGAGGAGACACAAAAUCAAGGGAGUUCUAUCCAUCUGCAUGAAUAAGAUUCCCUUUGAAGUGUAGUCAUCACUAUAACAUUACUCCCACAUUUAUUUGGAGGAUUGUGAGUCUGAAAAUAUAGCCAGGCAUUUUGAGAACUCCAAUCAAUUCAUCGACAAAGCCAGGCAAUCUGGGAAUGUAUUGGUUCAUUGCAUGGCUGGAAUCUCUAGAUCGGCUACUCUUGUUGCAGCUUAUCUAAUGAAGAAAAACAAUAUGAGUGCCCAAGAUGCCAUAAGAUUGCUUGAAAGAAAGAGAUGGCAAGUCUAUCCCAACAGUGGAUUCCUAAGACAAUUGUAACAAUAUGAAAAGGUUUUAUACUAAUAAAAUGGAAGAUCUGACAUCUCUUCUCCUCUCAGAGAUUCAUGGUCUAAAUAAUAUUAAACUCCCACCAAGGAUAAUUUGUUUUACAACAAAUAUGAAGAACAGCAACAAUCUAGUCAAAAAACUAGACCAUUGGAUGAGAUUUGCUUUGACAAUUACAAAAGGAAAUCCAUUGGCUUUGAAGAUUUGCUUAGAAGUCCAGAACCUAACGAAAAGAAACCUUUUUCUUUAACUUAACAUAGACCAAGUUCAGCUGUAAGGACAUCCCCUGAUCUCAUUCGAAAAAAGAAUUUGUUGUCUGAUGCAAUCCAUGGAAAUAAGAAGGAUGGUUUGGCUGCCUUGGCUUAGGAAUUGAAUCAGGGAGAUUGGCAAAGUAAAAAACUGGAUUUUGAAAACAAAUACUCAAAACCAGUCAGUUAACAAAACAAUGUCAAAUCAUUUCUUACUCCAACUCGUCCAUCAUAAUUGAAUCAGCAUCAAAGUAAAUUGGAUGAAUUGCUUAAUUCUUUCAAUAGAAAAUCCAUACUCUGA